GGUAAACAGACCGUCAUAACCUAUUGCUGUCUUUACAAGAGUAUAAGAAAAUGGGCAAUGAAGCUAGUGCGCAUGCCAAUACUUUCCUGCCAAACACUAUGGAUUUUGGUAUAUUUGAGAACAUGCUACAAGAGCCAAGUGUCACUCCAAUUUUCCUGCCAGUAGAAUUUCUUAAAGCCAUCACACACAAUUUUUCCAAGGAGCGAGAACUCGGAAAAGGUGGGUAUGGAGUGGUUUACAAGGGGAUGCUUCAAAAUGGGAAAAUGAUUGCUGUGAAGAAACUUUUUGAAAUGCAACUAGAAGAUGAUCAAUUCCAGAAUGAGGUCACCUAUCUUAUCGGGGUUAAGCACCAAAAUAUAGUACAACUUGUAGGCUACUGCGCUGAAUCACGGUGGGAAGCGACGCAAGUAGGAGAGAAAUAUGUCAUGGCUGAAACGCGGACAAGACUACUCUGCUUCGAGUAUCUAGAAAAUAACAGCCUUGAUAAGCAUCUUUCUGCUGAAUCUUGUGGACUUGAGUGGCACAUAAGAUAUGAUAUAAUUAGGCGAGUUUGCAGCGAUUUGCAUUACCUUCAUGAUGAGUGCCGCAUUAUUCAUUUGGACCUUAAACCCCAAAAUAUAUUGUUGGAUGAUCAUAUGAUGCCCAAGCUUGCAGAUUUUGGUAUGUCUAGGCUCUUUGGCAGACAACAGUCUCGAAUUAUCACCAGAAGUCGUGGGGGUACAUUUGGAUACAUGGCUCCCGAGUACAUAACAAAUGGAUUGAUCACAACAAAGUCAGAUAUAUUCAGUUUAGGCAUUAUAAUCAUAGAGUUAAUGACGGGACACAGGAAAUAUCCCGAGAGUAGUGAAACACCGUUUGAGGACUUCAUCGAGAAUGUGAUUGCAAAUUGGAGGCACAGAUUGGAAAAAACACUAAGUUAUAGAGCGUUGGAAACAUGUUCCGAGCAAGUAAAUAGAUGCAUCGUAUUAGGACUAAAUUGUCUUAAUCCCGAUCCCAGUAAAAGGCCCUCUGCAUGGGAUAUAUUACAAACGCUGAAUGAAUUGGAAAGCACAAAAUAUUGUUUUGACAUGAAUGAUGUGCCAGCAGUGGGCCAGGAAUCAGAAAUAGACGCAUUUGCAGGGUGUGGCGAUGUGAAUUCCAACAAUUUAACAGCAAAAUUGAACAGAAUGAUAAGUAGAUCAUCCUCCCCAAGUUAUACAAAUAUGAGCGCCGUUUUCCGCUCUGCUCCCAAAGGAAGAAAGAUAUCGAUCCAUGCUUUCGAGAUCGCCAACACAAUUGUCAAGGCCUCCAAUCUGAUAAAAUCCUUCUCUAAAGAAAGAAUAAGACACCUGAAAGAGGGCAUGCUGAGGUCUGAAGGUGUCCGCCGUCUUAUUUCGGAAGAUUACAGUCAGUUGUCCAUUGUCAUUGAAGACGACAUACGGUUGCCAGGUUUGGAGAUCUGUGUGAAGAUUGUCAAUGGCACAAUCUCAGUAGAUAUUUCUGCAGGUGAUUCUCCACUGCCAUCUAAGAACUUCAGUGAAGAGGUACCUCCCAGUAUGAAGUAUCUAAUAAGAUUGGCACAACACACCCGGGUUCUACAUGAAGAAAUGCUAGCACUGGACAGACUUGAGCACGCUUCUUAUGUAGCGGCUAUUCCUGCUAGGAAACAAAUUGAUGCUAUCAAGAACCAAAGGGGUGCGGUGAAGGUCUUGAAAAGCAAAUCAUUUUGGUCAAAGAGUAUGGACAAUAUUGUGGAGAAACUUGUGGAGAUCGUAGAAUUCAUGCAUCUUCAAAUCAACGAAGCUUUCUCGAAGAGUCAUGCAAAUGCAGAGCAAUCAUCUGGAGAACUUCACAUAGCUAUCAACCUCACGAAAACGUUAGGAGCUACUGGACUUGCGUUGCAUUAUGCUAAUGUCAUUUUGCAGCUAAAAGCUUUGGCAUUGGUAUCACCGGUGGUUCCUCAAAAUGACCGGGAGGCAUUAUACCAAGCACUGCCUCCUCAGAUUAAGCCAGUUUUGCAUACCCAGCUGCGUAGUCCCGGCAGAGAUCAGAACAUGACGCGAGCAGGGGUGAGAGCUGAAAUGAACAGGGUACUGCGAUGGCUUGUGCCAGCUGCCGAAUCCACAAGGCGGUACCACGUGAAUGGAGUAUUUGGAGAAUGGGAGAUGAAAGGGAUUGAGGGUAUCGAUGUUGACGAAGCAAACUGGUUCGAACAAGAAAGUCGGAUCAGUUUCAGUUACAUGCUCGCCCAUGCAGAUGCCAAAGUGAGCAAGGUAGAGACGCUCUACUACGCCAGCAAGGAGAGGACCGAAGGUUACAUACUGGACCUUGUUCUGGCUCUUCAUCGUCUUGUUUCGCCCGCGGACUAGAAACGAGCCGACUAUGAAGGCUCUGAUAAACAAUUGAGACAAGCACAACUUCAAGCAUUUGAAUGAACUUAUCAUCCAACCUACACCGUCGAAGCAACGAGGAGAUGUGGUGUCCGUGGGUGCCUGAUUUUUCGCCCUUUUCAGAUGCAUCAUACAAUUCUAACGCUGAGAAAUGAGGCGAUUCUUGUGAAUUUUCAGCUUUUAAGCAGGCUCUCAUUUGUUAACGAAGCUUUUGUGAGAACUCUCUGGGAUUUUAGACAGAAAGCUUUCACUCAGUUUAAUAGACAACUAGAAAUGGUGACCUCACAUUUGCACAGCUAGGUUUUCUUUAUGUUUUUAUAUGUGUCAUUUGGAUUUUUGACAUGCUCUUCAAAACAUAACUUUUAUCUAUUAUUGUUGCAGCUUAUUGUAUAAAGUUGUAAAAUACCAUCAAAAUAUCCUUGCUAAAUAAAAUGUU